AUAGGACUCAUUAGGCGCGUUCAAGUCUAUACUACUUAUUAUCUAGGCUAGGCUUGACAUAUCUGACUGGAUUCUCGGCUCACCCGCCAAUUGGCAACGCUGCCGCGCCGCUUGGUUUAGUUUCGCACCCACCCACAUAUCCUCGCUGCAGCGCGAUGGUCAUGGGAAUGCAGAAGCCUGAGGCUGUGUGCGCUGAGCCUAAGGUGUUCGUAGGCCAGGUCCCCCACGAGGUCACUCAGGAUCAGGUCUUUGCGCUGUUCUCUAAGUAUGGCACCAUCAAGAAGUGCGCCCUAAUUACUGGGCAGGACGGCCGCAGCAAAGGCUGUGCUAUGGUCACCUAUGACCGAUGGGCGGAGGCAGAGCUAGCCAUCGAGCACGAAAAUGGUACAGCUAACCUGGGAGGAGGCCGGACGCUGCUCGUGAAGUUUGCCGAUCCUCCACGUGGGCGUGGCGAUGGUCCAGUGAUGGGCGUGGCGCCGAAGAAGUUGUUUGUCGGACAGAUCCCCCAGCACACGACUGAGCAGCACAUCCGGACGCUCUUCGCGCCCUUUGGCAACAUUACGGACGUUCAUGUGCUCAACAAGGGCAAUGCGCCUGGCUGCGCGUUUGUGACCUUUGAGCGUUGGGCUCAGGCUGAGGCCGCCAUGAUGUCGCUCAACGGCCAGACGCUGAUUGAGGGAGCCACCACGCCCAUGGUGGUCAAGUUUGCGGACGCCAAGGUCAUUGACCCCAACUUGGGCCCCGCCGGGCAGAAGCGCCAAUUCGGCGUCAUGGACGGGCAGCAAGGCUUCCCAGGCGGCGGGCCGGCCGGCAACAAGCGGACCUUCACGGGCGCAGCAGGCCCCGGCGCCAUGGGCAUGGCAGGCAUGGCGGCUGCGGGCUACAACCCGUACGCAGCCGCGGCGGCGAUGGGGUACGACAUGAGCACGAUGGCUGCCAUGGGCUACGGCAACAUGGGCAUGAUGGCGGGCAUGGCUAGCAUGCAGGGUAUGGGCGGCAUUCCAGGGCAAGGCGCGCAGCAGAGCAUGGGAGGCGCCGGUGCCAUGGGCGCCGCACAGGGCCUUGCGGGUGCCGGCAUGGGCGGUAUGGGAGGCAUGGGCGGCAUGGCGGGCAUGGGUGGCAUGGGCGCCAUGGGCGGCGGCCUGAUGGCUGGCAUGGCUAACAUGGGCAUGAUGGGGCUCGGCAUGGGAGGCGGCAUGGGCAUGAACAAGCCGGCGGGGCUCCAAGAAGGGCCGAAGGCGUGGAAACUCUUCAUCGGCCAGGUGCCUUUCGAGGCCAACGAGACGGACCUGUGGCCCAUCUUCAGCCCGCUCGGGAACAUCCUGGAGCUGGUCAUCUUGCGGCACCAGGGCAAGUCCAAGGGCUGCGCCUUCCUCACGUACGAGAACCGGACGGACGCGGAGAAGGCGAUCCGCACGCUCGAUAGCCAAGUGUCGGUGCCCAGCGACCCGCGGGGUCGGCUACUGACCGUCAAGUACGCCAACAGUGCGUCAGCAGCGGCCAGCGGCGCCAUGUAAAUACAUACUCGGGGAUAAGGAGCAAUCUUCUAGCCAUAGCGGUGGUUUUUCUUUAUAAGAGAUGGCUCCUGAUGCUACUUGACGCUUUAGUACUGUUGUAGGAUUGUAGUGAGGAGGCGUCUAGCGCGGAGAUGGCACAUAGUCGUGGAUGACGGUCGCUUCAUGUAAGGAGCGUCCAUUAAGGAGGGUUGAUCAAAAGUCCGCUGCGUUGGGAUGUGUGAGUUGCAGGCUGGCGUGUGGUCUACGCGCCGCUGCGAGGUCGCAGCGGCACUGACAGCUUUGCAUCGGAUUGACGGAGGCGAGCGGUAUGCAAUUGCAUGUUGCUGAGUUUGACCCCAGACAGAGCGGUGUCUGAUGCACAAGCUUUUCUUUGACGCGGAUACUGCGGACUGUUGUCUUCUGAUCUUGCGCUGCAUGGCGCUGCUGACGUGGUGCCUUUGUGUGUGUUACUCGUCACGUGCGCGAAUCGUUGCAUGCGCAACGCAGGAGAUGGUAACAUGCGAGGAACUUCUUUCUUGGGGCAGCUGGCUGCAGAGGAGGCAGCAAGUUGCAUUGGCGGCCCGCA